UUGUAAACUGAAAAUUUGAAUGAACACGGCAUUUUGGUAUAUUAAUAAUGUUGCAAUUCGUUUAUUUAUCAAUAUAAAGUUCAAUUUAUGACUUAUCAAAAUAAUUUAGCACGGUUAAAAUGAAAUGUCAUAUACCUGGACCGAAUGUUAAAGUUUUGGGAAGAACAAUUCAUGCUUUAGCAAGAUUUGGAGAUGAAUUAUACUUAGAAUCAUUAUCAGAUUCUAUCCUCUUAAGAACUCUUAACGCGGCAGAAUCCGCUUAUGCGAUGGUAAAAUUUAACAAAAAUUUUUUUACAUUCUUCAAUUAUAAUUAUUAUUCCACGGAUGACAAGGAAGGAUUAAAAUGUAAAAUAUCAAUGAAAAGUGCCUUAAACACUUUUAAAUCCCCAACACAUAUGGACAAACAAGUAGAAAAUUUAGAAAUUAAACUAGACCCCGAGUCCUGUAAAUUAAUAUUCAUAGUGAAAUGCAAACAUGGCAUUGUGAAAACACAUUUUGUGUCCAUAUUAGACUGUAAGGCAAUGCAAGCUGUAUAUACUAAAGAUCUAGUACCCAACAGAAUAACAUCCUCUUAUAAAAUACUUUCCGAAGCGUUGAAUAAUUUUCAAUCAUCAGAUGACCAAGUUACUAUAGAGGCAAGCGCAAAUUCAAUUAUUCUGCGAAAUUAUGUGGAUAGCAACAUGGACUUAACUAAAAUUAUUCGAACUCAAAUAAAUGUUAAAUCUCAGGAAUUCGAAAGCUAUGUUAUAGGUUCAGACACUACAAUAACAUUUACAAUGAAAGAAUUCAAAGCACUAUUGUCAUUUGCAGAAGCCUUAACUCUACCCAUACAACUUCAUUUUGAAGUUACAGGAAAACCAGCUGUAUUCAUUGUUCACAAUGGGUCUACAUUUGAAGCACAUUUUGUUUUAGCUACAUCAAAACCUGAUACACAAACCCAAGCGUCAUCAACACAUAACACAACUACUAUUGAAAGAAAAAGAAAAGAAAUAGGAGAUGUUCAAAAUUCUGUUAGAAAAAGACCCCACCUUGAUGUAGAUACUUCGAGUCUAAAUGAAGAUUCUCAUCUCUUUAACUACAUAGAAAUGCCACAGGACAAUGAUUUGGUUGAAAAUGGAAAAAUAGAUAGUUAUGUACAUAAUCAAACAAAUAUUAGUCCAAAGGUAAAUAACUGUGAAAAUUUGGACUAUGACAACAUUCCUCCCUCACCAACCUCAAAAAUGAAAAUUAAAACAAUAUUUAAAAGGUGUUUUGAAAGCACUUUUGAUCCUAGAAGUAUACAAGGUUCAGUAUUGGCAGAAAACUCUGAUAGUGAAUGAAAAAUGGAUUAUUUAAGCCAGUGAUUUGUAGAAAGCAAAUAAUUUAAUAAAAUGUGACAGUACAUAUUUAGCUAACCUUGAAGCUUAUUACAACAAUUUGAAGAGUCAAUGAGUCAUUGUAUAAUUUCAAAAACGUAUAUGAAAUCAAUUUUCAAACUUGGACCUUUGAAAUUUAAUUACUGCUAAUCAUAUUUUACACUACCAGUGCUCUUCUAGUUUAACUACAAUGUAAAUUAUUGCAAAUAUGAUAAAAUAAAAUAACAUUUCACUGCAUUAUGAUUUUAUAUUAAAAAAUAUACAUACAGAUAAAAUAUUGUACACACCUUACAAAUCAACAUAUCAGGGUGUUAUAUGUUAUGCAGUAAA